CCCAGCUGAAACCAGCUCAUUCUUAGCUAAGAUUUCAAAACUAUAUUUAUAAACAAUUAUAUAUCACUGUGUUGUGUAUUGGUGAAGAGCGUGCUAAAUACAGAGCUUCAGUUAAUGCAUCGAAGAAGUUGUAUUUUGUGAUUCAUACGUAGUGCUGAUUUAAAUAGCGCCUCAAAUUGUUAAGUUCUACAUCAAUAAUUCAAGAUGCCUAAUUAUGAUGAGGACGAUGCAAGCAAAACGAACGAAUGCAAGUUUCAGAAAGAUUCAAGAUUCGAGGGCCUUAGUGAACGUUCGAGUAGCAGAAUCCAAGACGGAUGGGAUCCAAAAACUAUCAGAAGAGUAGAGUUAGCAGCCAGGGCAUGGAAAAGGCACCAAAUGAAGGAGGAGGAUUGUAGGAAUAUGACGCCUAUGACUUCUUCUUCUAGCUCAUUGCCACGGAUGGAUCAGGAAUGCAUGUUAGAUGAAUACCUUAAAGAUUUUAAGGAUAUUCCAAAAUUAGUUCCACAAGAUCUAUGUGAUAAAUUUAUCCCAAUAAGUAAUGCACACACAACUCAUGAAGUCAGCCAAGAUCUACCUGAAAUGGAGAAUUUGCCAAAUAUCGAAAAACUUCAUAUAAAAGAUGGUGAGACUGAUUCCUUACCAAGUGAAUUUUCCAAAUCAUGUAAUUUAAAAUAA